UAUCUUUGAUCUCAAAUGGAAGUAUCUCAGACAACGAUUCACGGAGAAGAACCGUCUCUUGUAAAAUGUCAUCUAGGUUGGUAUUAGAAAGAAAUCCAGAACCAACAUUUUUGAACCACUUAAAUCUCCAUAAACACAUUACGAAG